CGGGGAGGUAGGCAGAGCCGGACGCUGCUUCUGCCGCCGCCGCCGCCGCCGCCGCCGCCUCCGCUCCUGUUGCCUCCGGCUCCUCACGCGCUCACGGACCGGGAGAAGGUAUUCCGGCGUCGGCUCCGGCGGGGAAAAUGGUGGAACCGGGGCAAGAUUUACUGCUUGCUGCCUUGAGCGAGAGUGGGAUUAGUCCGAAUGACCUCUUUGAUGUUGAUGGUGGAGAUGCCGGACUUGCAACUCCUACUCCCCCUUCAGUUCAACAGUCAAUGCCACUUAGUGCAUUAGAUCUAGGUUUGGAGACAGAAGCAGCAGUUCCUGUUAAACAAGAACCAGAGGCAGUGUCUACUCCUGCUGCACUAUUAAAUGUGAGGCAGCAGCCUCCAUCCACUACAACCUUUGUGCUGAAUCAAAUCAAUCAACUUCCAACCCUGGGCUCUACAAUUGUAAUGACUAAAACGCCACCUGCAACAACCAAUAGGCAAACCAUCACUUUAACCAAGUUUAUCCAGACCACGGCAAACACUCGCCCUUCAGUCUCAGCACCAGCAGUACGAAAUGCCCUGCCCCCUGCUCCUUCUAAAGACCAGGUUCAGUUGAAGGAUUUACUGAAAAAUAAUAGUCUAAAUGAACUCAUGAAACUGAAGCCACCUGCCAACAUUGCUCAGCCAGUUGCAACUGCUGCUACUGAUGUCAGUAAUGGUGCAGUAAAAAAAGAAUCUUCUAAUAAAGAAGUAGCAAGGAUAUGGAUAAAUGACAUGAAAAUGAGGAGUUUUUCCCCCACCAUGAAGGUUCCUGUUGUUAAAGAGGAAGAUGAACCGGAAGAAGAAGAUGAGGAAGAAAUGGGUCAUGCAGAGACCUAUGCAGAGUACAUGCCAAUAAAAUUAAAGCUUGGCCUGCGUCACCCUGAUGCAGUAGUGGAGACUAGUUCUUUGUCCAGUGUCACUCCUCCUGAUGUUUGGUACAAAACCUCCAUCUCUGAAGAGACCAUUGAUAAUGGCUGGCUCUCCGCGUUGCAGCUCGAGGCAGUUACCUACGCAGCCCAGCAACAUGAAACAUUCCUCCCUAAUGGAGACCGUGCUGGCUUCUUAAUAGGUGAUGGUGCUGGUGUGGGCAAAGGCCGGACGAUAGCAGGGAUCAUAUAUGAGAACUACUUGUUGAGCAGAAAAAGAGCAUUGUGGUUUAGUGUAUCAAAUGAUUUAAAAUAUGACGCUGAAAGAGAUUUAAAGGAUAUUGGAGCAAAAAACAUUUUGAUCCAUUCAUUAAAUAAGUUUAAAUACGGAAAAAUUUCUUCCAAACACAAUGGGAGUGUGAAAAAGGGUAUUAUUUUUGCUACCUAUUCUUCUCUUAUUGGUGAAAGCCAGUCUGGUGGUAAAUACAAGACCAGGUUAAAACAGCUUCUGCAUUGGUGCGGUGACGACUUCGACGGAGUGAUAGUGUUUGAUGAAUGUCACAAAGCAAAAAACCUGUGUCCUGUUGGUUCUUCAAAGCCAACCAAGACAGGCUUGGCUGUUUUAGAGCUUCAGAACAAAUUGCCAAAAGCCAGAGUAGUUUAUGCCAGUGCCACUGGUGCUUCUGAACCACGUAACAUGGCCUAUAUGAACCGUCUUGGAAUAUGGGGUGAGGGAACUCCAUUCAGAGAAUUCAGUGAUUUUAUUCAAGCAGUGGAACGCAGAGGUGUUGGUGCCAUGGAAAUAGUUGCUAUGGAUAUGAAGCUUAGAGGAAUGUACAUUGCACGACAGCUGAGCUUUACUGGAGUGACCUUCAAAAUUGAGGAAGUUCUUCUUUCUCAGAGCUAUGUUAAAAUGUAUAACAAAGCAGUCAAGCUGUGGGUCAUCGCUAGAGAGAGAUUUCAGCAAGCUGCAGAUUUGAUUGAUGCCGAGCAGAGAAUGAAGAAAUCUAUGUGGGGUCAAUUCUGGUCUGCUCAUCAGAGGUUUUUUAAGUACCUGUGCAUAGCAUCCAAAGUGAAAAGGGUGGUGCAGCUGGCCCGGGAGGAGAUCAAGAAUGGGAAGUGUGUGGUAAUUGGUCUGCAGUCUACAGGAGAAGCUAGAACUUUGGAGGCCUUGGAAGAGGGUGGAGGAGAACUAAAUGAUUUUGUUUCAACAGCCAAAGGGGUAUUGCAGUCACUCAUUGAAAAACACUUCCCUGCUCCAGACAGGAAGAAACUUUAUAGUUUGCUAGGAAUCGAUUUGACAGCUCCAAGUAACAACAGUUCACCGAGAGAUAGUCCCUGUAAAGAAAAUAAGAUGAAGAAGCGGAAAGGUGAAGAAAUAACCCGAGAAGCCAAAAAAGCACGAAAAGUUGGUGGCCUUACUGGUAGCAGUUCUGAUGACAGCGGAAGUGAGUCUGAUGUCUCUGACAAUGAAGAAAGCGACUAUGAGAGCUCUAAAAACAUGAGCUCUGGUGAUGAUGACGAUUUCAAUCCCUUCAGAGAUGAGUCCAGUGAAGACAACGAGGACGAUCCUUGGUUAAUUAGGAAAGACCACAAGAAAAGCAAAGAUAAAAAAAAGAAGAAAAGUAUAGAUCCAGAUUCCAUUCAAAGUGCCUUGUUAGCAUCAGGUCUUGGUUCAAAGCGGCCUAGUUUCUCCUCUACGCCCGUCAUCUCACCUGCUCCCAACAGUGCACCAGCUAACAGUAACACCAACAGUAACAGUAGCCUUAUAACGAGUCAGGAUGCUGUAGAAAGGGCACAGCAGAUGAAGAAAGACCUGCUUGAUAAACUAGAAAAAUUAGCUGAAGACCUCCCUCCUAACACCCUGGAUGAACUUAUUGAUGCACUUGGUGGUCCUGAAAAUGUGGCUGAGAUGACUGGCCGCAAGGGCCGGGUGGUGAGCAAUGAUGAUGGACGCAUAUCUUAUGAGUCAAGGUCGGAAGUUGAUGUUCCUGUGGAAAUUCUAAACCUCACGGAGAAGCAAAGGUUUAUGGAUGGAGAGAAGAAUAUUGCUAUAAUCUCAGAAGCUGCCAGCUCAGGUAUUUCAUUACAAGCCGAUCGGAGAGCUGUAAAUCAAAGGCGACGAGUUCACAUGACUUUGGAGUUACCCUGGAGUGCUGAUAGGGCGAUUCAGCAAUUUGGAAGAACACAUAGGUCAAACCAAGUGACUGCUCCAGAGUAUGUCUUUUUGAUUUCGGAACUGGCUGGAGAGCAGAGAUUUGCAUCUAUUGUUGCUAAGAGACUUGAGAGUUUGGGAGCACUUACACAUGGUGACAGAAGAGCAACAGAGUCUAGAGAUCUGAGCAGGUUCAACUUUGACAACAAGUAUGGAAGAAAUGCUUUGGAAAUUGUUAUGAAAUCCAUUGUAAACUUGGAUUCUCCUAUGGUCUCACCACCUCCAGACUACCCCGGAGAAUUCUUUAAAGAUGUUCGGCAAGGAUUGAUAGGAGUAGGCCUGAUCAAUGUGGAGGAUCGGUCAGGAAUUCUUACUCUGGAUAAAGACUAUAACAAUAUAGGAAAAUUCCUAAACAGAAUUCUGGGCAUGGAGGUGCAUCAGCAGAAUGCGUUGUUUCAGUAUUUCGCAGACACACUUACUGCAGUUGUUCAAAAUGCCAAGAAGAAUGGAAGAUAUGACAUGGGAAUCCUAGAUCUGGGUUCUGGAGAUGAGAAGGUGAGGAAGAGUGAUGUGAAGAAGUUUCUGACUCCAGGCUACUCAACCUCUGGCCAUGUAGAGCUAUACACAAUUAGUGUGGAGAGGGGAAUGUCCUGGGAAGAAGCAACCAAGAUUUGGGCAGAGCUGACAGGACCAGAUGAUGGCUUUUACUUAUCAUUGCAAAUAAGAAACAACAAAAAAACUGCAAUCUUAGUUAAAGAAGUAAACCCUAAGAAGAAACUGUUUUUAAUUUACCGACCAAACACUGGGAAACAGCUCAAAUUAGAAAUAUAUGCUGAUCUGAAAAAGAAAUAUAAGAAGGUAGUGUCUGACGACGCCCUGGUACACUGGCUGGAUCAAUACAAUUCCUCUGCAGACACCUGCACUCAUGCAUAUUGGCGUGGCAACUGCAAAAAAGCAAGUUUAGGAUUGGUAUGUGAGAUAGGUCUCCGCUGCCGCACAUACUAUGUAUUAUGUGGCUCAGUACUGAGCGUCUGGACAAAAGUGGAGGGUGUUCUGGCCUCCGUCAGUGGCACGAAUGUGAAAAUGCAGAUAGUGCGGCUAAGAACAGAAGAUGGACAACGGAUUGUAGGUUUGAUCAUUCCGGCAAAUUGCGUGUCUCCUCUUGUAAAUCUCCUGUCAACUUCAGACCAGUCUCAGCAGCUCGCAGUCCAACAAAAACAGCUGUGGCAGCAGCAUCACCCGCAGAGCAUCACCAACUUGAGCAACUCGUAAAGAGCAGCAGCUUCCACACGGUGUUGAAUGCUGUGAGAGCAUACCACUUGCAUAAAAAUCAGGGACAGUUUCCAAAGAAUUCUUUUUUUUUUUUUUCAGUUGUGCUCUCUAGUUAAUUUGGGGGGUUACGGACAAACCUGGAAUAGGCAGCAACGCUGACAGCAAGCAGAGGGAGGGUCUCGUGUCUUUCCUCUGGCUUCCUUGGGGCUGCCUGUGUGCUUUUACUUCGGGUGAGCAGAGCGGAUGUGUGCGCGAGCGGAUGUGUCAGUCUGUCUGUGAGUUUGUACAACGCUACAAGACCCCAGUUGGUUGAAAAUGCUUGGACCUUCCCAAACUGGCUUUACUUUUCCUUUCUACCGUGCUCAGGGUUAACACAGUUCAUCCUUGUCAUUGCUGUGGGGGUUCCCCGGAUGCAUGUGUUCCAAGUCUCUCCAAACAGAAUAUAAGGGUUUGUUUCUUUUCCAACUUAAACAAUGUUUCCUACAGCAUGAAGUGAAGGGUUGCGUGCCAUGCAUUCAGGUUCUUUUGUAGCUUUUGUUGACAGUGCAUGUCUUUGAAAGCAUGUGUAAUCAAGAUUACCACAGAAGUCACGUUUGGAGAACAGCAUUGGAGAUGUACAGCAUUGGAUAUUGCAUUUCUAGUGUUGAUACCUGGGUGUUGCUUCUAACCCUCAGCCCUGCCCGCUCCUCCCUGUCCCAGGUUUCUUGUCAAAGUAGUAAGUACAUACCUUUUUUUGUGAUAAAACUCUUUAAAAGUUUAUUUUUAUGUGUUAAUAGUAUUCCUAAUUUGUGCUGCAAAAAUGGCUAUGAGCCUUUUCAUAAGUUACAUUUUCCUUAACUUAAACAUAGUUUUAGGAAGAAGUAUGAUUGGCUUCCAUCUUGCACACAAUCUUUUUUACUUCAUUAUCUAAAUCUGCUUGGUCAUUCAAACCGGAAACCGUACUUGAGUUGUAAACUAGACAGUGAGAAAACACUUGGCUUCUGCUGUAUGUUGUUGUUGUUGUUACCCAGUAACUUGAAUAUUGUUUAAUGUGCUGUAAGACAUUGUAGAGAUUAUCUCCAGCUGUUAAAAAUGGUAAUGUACAAAUGUGAAUAGACACUUAUCUAUAACAUGGGUAAGUUUUGUUUCGCCUAUAAUAGAUGUUUAUAAAAAACCAGUGAGGGGACAAUUGGUCUUUGUUUUUCCUCCCAGCUUCCCCUCCCCCCAUUUUUUCUACCCUUUUUUUUGCUUGCACAGGUUGCACUAUUGAAAAAUUGAGAUUGUAUAAAUCUGGUUAAAAGCUACAAGAUAUCAAAAUCUUGUGGAUGUUGAAUAAAAAAGUUAUUGUACUAAUGAAGUGGACUCUUGUUUAGGCCCUCACUGGGAACUCCAGGCGUAGGUAGCAGGGCUCUAUAGAACUCGGCGUGGCCUUAGCCUUCCAGGUAGCCUUAGAGUCUGACUGAAGCCCCUUCCUGAAAUCUGAGGUGAUCUUAAGGACGGGGUAAAUGAUGGUACUUUUGAAUGUGUCUCAAGUUGAACUGUUCUCUUUGUAACUUUGUAAACUUCUCAAAGAACUGGGUGAGGUGUGUGUAGUCACAGAAACCUGAUGGAGCGCUUGGGGCUCUCGUUCUCUCGAGUUUCUUCGGUUAAGUUUACCGUAAUAUUGUUUGAGAUUUAUUUAUUCUUAGUGCCUCAAAGAACAAAUGGAGAAUGGUUUCUGUUCUUGGGCACAUUUUGCCCAGUGGAUGCAACUUUGAUCCUCAUUCCAUAUAUCUCAGGCAGUGAUCUCAUGAGCAUCAGGCAGUAUCCCUUUGUGGCCUAGAUCCAACUGGCCACCGAGAGGAGAAUUGUGUCCCCUCACAGAACCUCUGAGCUUUUGUUUUUGAGCUGGUGGACCAUUCAGCUUCUUUUGGCAUGUUAAGGCAAAAGCCUAAGGGAGGGGCUUCGUAACUUAACUGUUUCUCCAUGAGACCCAAUUGCAGAGGAUGGGAAAGAUGCUGUGUUCCAGGCUGCUGAUGCCAGCCCCUCGCAUGUGCAAAUGUCUGUUUGGGUGGGUCCUGUCUUUUCUAGUGCUUUCAAAGCAGCACCUACAGGACUUCCCUAGCAUGUGGUUAGUGAACACCUUACCCAGUGAUGAUGCUGUGAUGUGUGCUCUUGGAGCACCAAGUCUUGGUGUAAGGGUCUGUUUGUGUUCUCUUCAUUUUUGUUUAGUAAGAAAAAAACCCACAAAUACUAGGCAUCUGAAGGCUCUUUCAGUCUGUCACUCACCAGGAAAGCUCCAGCAUUCAAGGGUUUCUUGUGUCAAAAUCCAAGUCUUCUCAGCUGCUGUCACAUAGAGUAGGUCCAGUCUCCCAGAGGAUCUGAAUGCCACGUCUGCAUCCGGGGGCCUCACUUAACUCCCCCCACCGUAACUCACUGGACUCUGGGAUGCCUUUUCUCCCACUUAAGCAAUACAGAUCUGAGCAGCAGAUUCGAUUGUUGGUCCCAUCAGUGUUUUCAGAGUUUACAGUCCCGAUUGUGCUGGAAAUCACUCCCAGGUUCUAUGCUGCUCAGGUGUGCUUGCUAGGGAGGUCACGUGUCCCUCCUAGCAACCUCUGUGCCACGGGCUUGCCCUCUUCACGGUCAGGUGAGAGCGCUGCUGUCCGUGGUGCAGUCAGAAGUGUUCCAAGUGUUGACUGUGUAAACCCAGGUUACCAGAAAACCGGGCAGGCUGAGCACGCGGUUCCUCUCUUCGCUACUCAGCUGCAGAUCUGCGUGCAGGGUUUGCUUUUCCUGUGUGUAGAUUAGCAAGAACUUGUAUCCCAAGCACUGUAGUAGCUGUAGGUGUGUACAUAUGUGUAUUUAUUCUUACUCAGCACUUAAACCUUUUGAGUUGCAACAGUAAACCUUGUAAUUUGCUCUGUCUAUGGAGAGAAAAGUUCUAGAUUUCCAAACUCCAGAGGAAUUAAAACAUUUUAGAGCCAUGGUUUUGGUUGUAGCCUCUGGGACAAUUCCUUGCUGAUCUCCAUGCCAUAUUAUCAGAACAACUUCUGAGAGACCAUAGAAGGAACGAGGGCACACCACGUACGGUUCUCGUCCUGUCCUCGACUUCCCAUAUUGGCACAGGGGCCUCUGUGGCUCCCUUUUGAAAACAGGUGGGAACAUUCUCAUCCUGUGAGACCUUAUCCAAGGACCCUGGUACAGAGGGACCUUUAUGGGCUCUGGCACUUCCUAGGAAUGGUGUCCCAGAAAAGCUGCUCUUGGGCCAGGAGCCACACAGUGAAUAUGUAGUUAGUUGAGGCAUACCAUGGCAAAAGAAACUGCUAUGAUGGUGUGUUUGUUAAAUGUCCUUCCUAUGUGUGUGGACUCUGAACAACACACACACACACACACACACACACACACACACACACACACACACAUACCACAUAGGUGCUUUGGCAUGCUGUACUGAAAUGAACCAAGCAUUCCAUGUCAUGGUUGCAGCUAAUUGGGUGGAAAACAUUUGCAGGAAAAUCUCUCACAAGGCUAGCCGCCGGCUAAAGCAAAUGGGUCCCUCCGUAAAUGAAAGAAACAUGGAGCUGCAACUUGAACUAGGCGGCAGUGUUUCCGAGUGCCCACCCUCUGUUGUAUGCUGUACUUAGAGAUGUACAUAGGAGUGUAUAGAGAAGCGUGAGUUCUUGUACAUUUCAAGUGUAAAUUUUGUAACUUGGGCCCCGUUCACUUGUACCUGCGCCCCUUUCCUUUCCCUCCUAUUUAUUCUUUUCUGGCCUCCCGUAUGGGGUAUCUUAGUGCUUUGUUGUUGUUUUUUUAACAUAGGAAACUAUAGAAAGCUUCUUAGCUGAAUCAGUAGUUGUUGUGUUUAGAGUUUAUCUUUGCCUCCUGGCUGUAGGAAUCCUGUUGCCCACAUUGCCCGCACACCUGGCUGUGCUGUCUUGGGAUGCACCUGAGUGCCGCUCCUGAUCCCGUCCCCGUGUGACUGGUUCUUCUCUGGACGCUGUGGUGCGCCUGAUGCUUUCCUAGUUAAGAAAUGAAAGAGAGCAAAGCAAAGCACAUGCUUCUCUAGACCUCCCUGCAGCUCCUUGGACAUGUUGAGUGCGGCUGCAGCCGGCUGCAGCUCCUUAGAAGCCUGACUAGCUUUUGUCUCGUUAGAGGCUUGCUCUGGUCCCUCAGCCCCUGCCGCCUGCCUCACGGGAAGACCUUGCAGGUAGAUAGUCCAGUGGCUCGUGGCCUGGAUGCAGGCUUCCUGUGUGUAAGAAGUUGGAUUUCUAUGACCCCCACAGGUGAUGAGCGGAUUACUUUAUGACAAACACCAGUAAUCUGAUUUUUAUAUAACUGGUAAAAAUCCAGCAGGCAGGAGAUGAGCGUAGAGAACAGUCGUCAUCCGUUCUCCAGCAGUCCUGCAGUGGAAGCUGCCACCACCUUCAGCACCCAAGGCAGGGUCAGUGUGAGCGGCUCACUCCUAUCCCGGCAGGAAAGGCUCUAAGCAGAGAUGCCGAGCUCUGGAGGAUUGGUGUUGGUGCUGAAGGCCCGCUGGGGCCUUGGAGAUGGUGCCAACCCUCACCUAGAGCACAGGAGUGGAGUUUUAUUUACAGGCCUUUGCACCCUCAAAAUAUGUCCUUUGCAAUUCUCAGGAAAGAUUUCAGUGAACAUUCAGAUUGGUAGACUUGAUGACAACUUUGAAAAUUGCCUACAUUUGGCUGAGUCUUUGGAACUUAGUUGUUGUGAUUGAAGGUCUGUCACAGAUUACUCCAGCAGGAAUUCCUUCCUCACCCCAUCUCCCUUCCUUUGGUGCCUGAGACAUAGUUGACUUGUGUCCUACGGCAGCAGCCCACCAUCUGCAGGGAUAGAGCAGGGCACGGUUAGGCCAGGAGUUCUGUAACCAACAGUUAACUGUGAGAUACACCAGUUAGUGCGGAGAGAGGAGAUGGCUGCUUUUGUUGUCUGUUCACCUUGAGGCUGAGAGGUGGCAUGUGAGUCUCUUGAGGAGAGUUCAUGUGGCCUUGUGAGCCUGUGCAGAUAGAGCCGGAGGACCUUGCUACCACGGCAGUGGCUGUGGCAAUGAAGAGGGUGAAGGAACUCGAUCGAGCUGCUCCUCUGGCUCUACUUCAUGUGACUGAGAGAGCUUUUUUAUUUAUUUUUGACAUAGCACAGUGCAGCCUCACCACUAAAACAAUUCACCUUGUUCAUAGUUUGUACUGAAUUUGCAAACUCCUAUGACUGCUUUUCAAUAACCACUUUUAUCAUCAACCGUGAGGGGUGGGAGAGGUGUACUGUGUCUCUGCAAUAAACUUGUGCCAGGUUCUACCUCCUUGCGCAAAGGAUAUUUUAUAUGUAGGCGCUGGUCUUCCUCAUCUGACUCGGGGCGUCCGGGAACAUCUGAAGGAGUCCAAAGACCCGAAACAGUCAGUCGGGUGUGAACUCUCGGGCGGCUUCUGUUUCCUCAGUUCUCUGUAUUGCUGCUCUGCACAGAGUGUCCAUCUGAACGAAGGCUACAAGCUGUCCACGAUGCCACUUUGCUGCCUUCAGCCUCUCCUGGGAACCUGCUCCCGAGUGUCCAGACUGAGUGCUGCCAUCCUGUUGAUCUGUAACUUUCAAUCCAGUCUCGUGUAAUACAAGUGUGUUGGCUUCGCUGAGUGGGGUUCGUUGACCCUCAACCAGAAACACUCAGUCUCCACACUGAAAGUACUCUGUAUUUAGGUUUUGGUUGUGGUUUGUUUUUUCAUUUUUGUUUGAAUUUUGUUUUCUGUUUUUGUAAAAUUCUUAAAUAAAAUGAAACUAUUAAAUAUGCUUUUCA